CAUGACUCAAUAUAAAUGUAUUAUCUUUACACCACUAAACUUUCACCAUACUCCUACUUAAUACCUCGAUGCAUCAUCUCCAAUUUCACACCAUUCCUACUCAUUUUCCUACUCAUACCACAAUCUGAUCACAAUUAACACACUGCGAACCAAACACAAAAAGACAUGUCUCUUCUUGCUUUCUUCCUCUUCACCCUCGUCGUCUUUUCAAGUACAAGUUGCUCAGCGGUUGGGUUCCAACAUCCGCACAGGUAUAUACAGAAAAAAACGAUGCUAGAGUUAGCCAGCAAGAUUGGUAUUAACUAUGGUAGACAAGGAAACAACCUACCAUCUCCUUACCAAUCGAUCAAUUUCAUCAAACUCAUCAAAGCCGGUCAUGUCAAGCUCUACGACGCCGAUCCAGAGAGUCUAACACUCCUCUCUCAAACCAAUCUCUACGUCACCAUAGCGGUGCCAACCCACCAGAUCACUUCCCUCAGCGCCAACCAAACUACAGCUGAAGAUUGGGUCAAAACCAAUAUCCUCCCUUACUACCCACAAACACAAAUACGAUUUGUCCUUGUUGGAAACGAAAUCCUCUCCGUCAAAGAUAGGAACAUAACCGGCAAUGUCGUACCGGCAAUGCGAAAAAUCGUGAACUCUCUCAGAGCCCAUGGGAUUCACAACAUCAAAGUCGGUACACCUUUAGCUAUGGAUUCUCUUCGAUCAACGUUUCCGCCGUCGAACUCAACAUUCCGGGGAGAUAUCGCCUUACCGUUAAUGUUGCCGUUGCUGAAGUUUCUCAACGGAACAAACUCUUACUUCUUUAUCAAUCUUCAACCUUACUUCCGUUGGUCAAGAAACCCUAAUCACACCACGUUGGAUUUCGCUCUGUUUCAAGGAAACUCAACUUAUACCGAUCCUCAUACCGGUUUGGUUUACCAUAAUCUUGUAGACCAAAUGUUGGAUUCGGUUAUCUUCGCCAUGACCAAGCUCGGUUAUCCAUACAUCCGUAUCGCAAUCUCUGAAACCGGAUGGCCUAACUCCGGCGACAUCGACGAAAUCGGAGCUAACGUUUUCAACGCCGCCACGUAUAACCGGAAUUUGAUCAAGAAGAUGACCGCAACUCCACCAAUCGGUACACCAGCUAGACCCGGUUCACCUAUACCGACAUUUGUUUUCUCCUUAUUUAACGAAAACAAGAAACCCGGUUCGGGAACACAAAGACAUUGGGGAAUCUUGCAUCCGGACGGUACACCAAUCUACGACAUUGAUUUUACCGGUCAAAAACCCUUAACCGGUUUUAACCCUCUGCCUAAACCGACGAAUAACGUUCCUUACAAGGGUCAAGUGUGGUGCGUACCGGUCGAAGGAGCCAACGAGACUGAGCUCGAGGAAGCUUUGAGGAUGGCUUGUGCCCGAAGCAACACGACGUGUGCGGCUUUGGUUCCUGGCAGAGAAUGUUACGAGCCGGUCUCUGUUUAUUGGCACGCAAGCUACGCGCUUAACUCGUACUGGGCACAGUUCCGUAGCCAAAACGUCCAAUGUUACUUCAAUGGAUUAGCUCAUGAGACCACGACUAACCCUGGAAAUGAUCGCUGCAAGUUUCCGAGCGUUACUCUGUGAGGAAGAACGCCUGAAAGAGAUUUAAGAUGAUCAAAGCUGGAUUAUUCGUAUUUACUCAUUCUAGAUUUUCUGGUUUCUGUUUCGUGUGGCCUAAUGUUGAGAAAAACAUCAAAUAACUAAUAAAUAUAUAAUAUUUUUGUUUACAAAAUGUGAAUAUUUGACACGAGAAAAUUUGCAAAGUGGAUCGUGGCCAAGUUGCUAAUUUGGGCUUUGGGUCGAAUUGUAAUUUGCAAAAUGAAGAGUCACUUCACACCUUUCGCGGUUUACAAAUUUACUGAAAUGACAUUCUCUCUUUUUGAUGGGCUUUGCACCUGAGAUGAAUAGCCCAAUAACUUGCACUAAUAAUUAUGGAGAAAAUUGGGGAAGUUCUAAAACUUCUCUAGACAAGUUAACACGAAAAUCGUAACCCAAAAUUGGUUUUCAAUUGUAAACAAUUCUCCUUAAUUUCGCAUCAGAACUUAACGAGUCUCGAUAUUUGUAAGUAUGAGAACAAAUAACCCGUAGUCAAACGGCGAUGGGGAGGGUAACCUGUAGCCAAGCUCGUGUUGCGAAACCCGCAAAACCUGCAAUACCUCCCAAACCUCCACAUCAAUGUGCAUGUAUAGUAGAACUUUCAUGGCUACUGCAGGGGCAGUGUGUGACAUGGAGACAAACAAGCUGUGUAUGUCAUUCGUGGAUAAGGGUGUUUUCUAUGGCUCUGUCCAACUGUUCAUAGGGCACACAUCGUAUAUUGGGUUUCAUAUUUUUUGUUUCAAAGUUUCCUUCUAACUCAUUGGCCUCUUUUUUUUCGCAGGGCCUUAAUGUUAUGAACGAGGCCCUUGCAGCGAGUUGUUAGAAAAUUCAGAUGUCCCUUGGAGAGCCCAUGAAGCUGGGAAGGAAAUCUUCCUUUUGAAGAGCGAGGCUGAAGCUGAGAAAAAUGUGUGCUCUGUUCGUGAGGCUAAGCUGACGAGGAAGCAUGACUCUGACAUACGUCGCGCUUUUAGGCGAGGAAGGCGAGAGGUGGACUCGAUUUGCCAGAACCGCUCGGUUCAGACCGCGACAGAGUUGGAAGAGAUGAGACGAGUUCAAACGACUUUUGGAGAUUUCCAUGAGUGCAAAGGUGCCGUCGGUGCUUUGAAGUUUAUGAAGACCACGGGGUUCAACUACGACAAAUAAUUAGCAAUGUACUAUGGUUUUCAAGGCAAGUAUGCCUACGCGGAUCCUUUUCUGCCUCAGGUUGAGGGAACCCUUCAAGAGAGGUUGUCCUGAUUGGGUUUCUCCCUAUUCUGAAGAUGUCGUGACUGGAACUCCGCAUGAGGAGGGUGAGGUCAAUCAUCCUCAGGCUACGCCUAGUGACAGCGAUCAUGGGUUUGAAAACUCGUGCUCAGAUUUUUUUAACUACUCUCAUGAAGAGUUUUGUAUUUGAAGGGAGUAUGUUCCCUGUUUAAAAUAAAUGUGUUUUGACUUUGCGAUGUACUAGCCCUUUUGGAAUUUUCCAAUAUAUUUCUGUUCUGUACC